AUGUCAUUCUUUGUGUGUACUAGGCUGUCUUUCUUUCAGAAAUAUUGCUUACUCAUUCUAGCGACAUCCAUACUGAUUCUUACUGCAUGGAGCAUUAUUCAACCAGAUUGCAAAUCUCCAUCCAAAAUCUCAGUCAAUCAUACACUUGGAGUCAUCGUUCCAUUUAGGGAUCGAUUUACCAAUCUUCUCUCGUUUCUUCCGCAUAUGCAUCGGUACUUGAAGCGGAAAGGCAUUCCUCACACUUUCUAUAUUGUGAAUCAGGCCGAUGAUUACAGGUUCAACCGUGGUUCUCUUCUAAACGUCGGCGUAAAGGAAUCUGAAGUCAUGGAAUCACGUCACUUCGAAUCUUCAAAAUCAAGGCGGACCCGACCUCAGCCUGCGUGCUCAAUGGUUGCCUUGCACGACGUUGAUCUACUCCCUAUAGAUGAUGCUUUGAGAUACGAACACUUUGGUCGGCAUCCAUACCAUCUCAUACCGUACUGGAUGCAUCCAUUGUACUACGCAUAUUCCAGUUACAUAGGGGGUGCUAUAAUUAUAUCCCGUGAAUCGUACAAACUAAUCAAUGGAUUUUCUAAUCGGUUUUGGGGUUGGGGUCAAGAAGACGACGAAUUUGGACUCAGGAUGCGUGAGGCAAACCUAGUGGCAACACAUUUGCGCGAUCACACGUCAGGAUUGAACACUACUCGGUACACGGUCCUCUCUCGAAUAAGCGCAGAAAUAUCAAAUGUAAAUGUGUGGAUAUUGAAUGUGCAACUACACUGCGACACCCUGACGACGCCUCACUGUCGACAAGACGCAUGA